AUGAAAACUGUGAGUAUUGCUUCUAUGUUAGAAAAAAAUCUUUCUCUGGAACUGAAAUUUUGGCUUGGGUGUGACUUCUUUGGUGCUUCAGUAAAAACAGUGAAGCAUGAUUUUGUGUACAUACAGCGGGGCAGGCGCUGGCUUCCUCAGGGCACAGGCCGCUGCCGAGGAGCCCAAGGCACCAGGAAAAACCUUCCCGCUGUCCGCCCUGGGAUCACCCGUGGCCAAACACGAGCCCCAGGCCCAGCUGGGAGCUUGGCCUCCCGACGAGCUGUUCGCUCGGCCCAAAGGAGAAAAAAGAAAGAUGACAGUAUUUUGGAGAUCCCAGCCAUUCCAAAUCCUUUUCCUGAGCUGUGUUGCUCUCCGUUUGCAUCAGUUUUGCCAGCCAGUCUGUUGCCCAAGGCAACUUCAAGGAAAAAACAGGGCUUUAAAGAAAGCGAGCGGGAUCUGAUUUCCUUCCUGUCCACCAGCACCAGCAAAAGUCUUUGCAAACCAGCCAUGGACAAGUCAAACCUUUUAUCUGUAGGAAAAAAAAAGUGA